UAUUGUUGUACCCGUUGACUGUUGCCUACCUGUUGCGCCUACCUGUUGACGAACUUACCUGUUGUCGAACAUACAGGAGCCCUAUAGCGGCUGCAAGUUCUUGUCUCGUCGGCGCAAACCAUCCCGGUUGACAAUGCGACAAGGCAUUAUUGUGCUUGUCCUUUUCCUUUUGUGCCUGGUGCUAUUGGUCACCAUUUCAGGAUGGAGGAUGGGAAGAAGGGGGAGACAGAAAUUCUGGGCUUGUGAGACUAUGCCCAAAAUACAGAGUGGACGGCCAGCCCAUGAUGAGUGCUGUAAGCGUUGUCCUGACUAUCAGAAGUCCACCUAUCAUGAUGGAGAUGACCAGUUUGAUGCAAGUGGUCCUCAGUGCAAGAAGGAGAGGCGUAUCCAUCUCUGGAGUGAAAGUGUUGUCAUUGUCACUCACUACGGAUUAUCCUGUCAUGGUGGACUUUUGCAAGAUAAUGUAAUUUGCAAGAGCUGCAUUCCAGAUGAGCGGUCCACCUAUCAUGAUGCAGAGGACCAACUAGUACGACUAAUACAUUAUCAUCGGUUGAUGAGAUAUACUGGAAAUGACGAGUGGCAUUCACCGCGCUUGCAAUUGCAGAGACCCUCCACAAAAGCCUCAAUGGACAAUCUGGAUCCAAUGUACAACAUUGAUCUGUUCCAAGGGCACAGAAGCACCACAAAAGUCUCAAUGGACCAUCUGGAUCCAAUGCACAAUGUUAACAUGCUUACCUUGAUUGGAACCAUGUACAUGUACCAGCACCUUGAGGCCUUGAGGAAAGAACUGGAUGCAAUACAGCAAACCAUAGCCUUGAGAAAAGAUCUUGACCCAAUAUACAAAACCCUUCAAGCCUUGACGAAUGAUCUGGACCAAAUAUACCAAAUGGUAGAAGCCCUGAGGAAUGAUCCGGAUUCAACAAACCAAAGCUCCCGAACCUUAGAAGCCUUGAGGAAUGAUCUGGAUCCAAUAAACCAAAUGCUAAAGGCUGUGAGGAUGGAUCUGGAUUCAAUAUACCUAUUUGUUAUGAUAAAGGCCUUGAGGAAAGAAGUGGAUACAAUACACCAAACCCUAAAGGCCUUGAGGAAAGAAUUGGAUUCAAUACACCAAACCGUAGAGGCCUUGAGGAAAGAACUGGAUCCAAUAUACCAAAUGUGUAAGGCCUUGACGAAUGAUCUGGAUCCAAUAUACCAAACCCUAAAGGUAUUGAGGAAAGAACUGGAUCCAAUACACCAAACCGUAGAGGCCUUGAGGAAAGAACUGGAUCCAAUACACCAAACACUAAAGGCAUUGAGGAUAGAACUGGAUCCAAUACACCAAACCGUAGAGGCCUUGAGGAAAGAUCUGGAUCCAAUAUACCAAACACUAAAGGCAUUGAGGAUAGAACUGGAUCCAAUACACCAAACCGUAGAGGCCUUGAGGAAAGAACAGGAUCCAAUACACCAAACACUAAAGGCAUUGAGGAAAGAACUGGAUCCAAUACACCAAACCGUAGAGGCCUUGAGGAAAGAUCUGGAUCCAAUAUACCAAACACUAAAGGCAUUGAGGAUAGAACUGGAUCCAAUACACCAAACCGUAGAGGCCUUGAGGAAAGAACUGGAUCCAAUACACCAAACCGUAGAGGCCUUGAGGAAAGCUCUGGACCCAAUAUACCAAACAGUAGAGGCCUUGAUGAAUGAUCUGGAUUCAACAAAGCAAAGCUACCGAACCUUAGAAGCCUACAGGAAUGAUCUGGAGCCAACAAACCAAAUCCUAAAAGCCUCAAAAAAGGAUCUGGAUCCAAUAUACCAGAUCCAAGCUGUGAACAACAAGGAUACAAUACACCACACCAUAGAACCCUUAAUGGCAGCUGAGGAUCCCACACCAUACACCCUAGAGGCCUUGAAGAAUGACAUACAUCAAAUACAGAACAUGACAGCUUUGAAGAAAGAUCAGGAUACAAAUCAUACCCCAGACACCAUGAUGAAAGAACUGAAGGCUCAAAUUCACAUCUACCUGGAGCAGAUCAGAGAUGACAUGAGUCACCAUGCAGUUAGGGACAAAGUUCGUCAUACACACAAAGGGCCACACCGUGCUUAUGUCACACACACCGAUUUACGAGGUUGGAGGUUGGCUGUGGUUGUACAAGGUGCAUGUCUCUUCUUUAUGAUCGCACUCCUGUCUGCAUCUCAUUGCAAGGUCAGGAAGGGCCAGCCUCAUGAUAGUAGUCAAGUGUGCAAAGAGAACCCCAGAGUCAUCGAAGAGGAAACCCUUGUCAAGGAUGCAAGUGUCAAGAUGGCGAGCGAAACAGUUGGACCCCAAGACACCUUCGUGAAGGGAACAGCACUGCUGUUUCAACAAGCAGUCCAAGCUGUGGACUUUGCCAAUUAUGGGGUGCAAUUUGGCCUGUCUGACCACGAAAUACACCACAUUGUGAACACCGAAGCUGUGACCUUGCAAGAGCAAGCUGCCAAGAAGUACGAAGCUUGGAACAGGGAUGGAAAGAUGGGGGAAGAAAGCCACCUAAGGGAUGACAUAGUGGCUGAAAGAAUCCAGCAGCUCCCUCGCAUGUUGUCCCAAUAUAAGCGAGAGUAAUGUGCCCAGCAGUGGUUCCCUAGCAUGACACAGGGAUCACCCUAUGCAACGUGCCUUACAGAACGUACCUUACAAAAGUGCCUUACAGACCCUAUCAUGUGGCCUAUGUAACAUGUCUUACAUAAGUGUCUCAAAUGGCACAUUAUUUUAGAAAACAGUAAGCAUCAUUAUGAUUGAGUUGCAUCUAACUUUUGAAGAAUACAAUUUGCAUAAGCUAGAGAUUGUGGUGAUGUGACAGUGUGCAGUGAUUGUGCAUUUGUAGGACUGCAUGUGUAGAAUUGUUUGAGAUUAUAUUAGCUCCAUAAAAUGAAGUCUGUAAGAUACUAGUAACAUUGAUAGACUUAAGUAAGAAUGAGGUAAAAUUGCAACCGUAACACAAUGUAAUUUUGUACAAGAUGGCAUAGGAUAUUGUACCUAAAUAAAGGCAGGAUUUACAUUUCAGUCUAGGGCUGCAUAGUUGUAACAUUUUCAGGAACAGGUACAGCAGUGCCAGACCAGUAAGGAACAGGUACAGCAGUGCCAGACCUGAAAGUUUAAUUUGGCCAAUUACAGCAUGUAUUUACAUGUUAUACUUACAUGAAUUAUAACCAAAACGUAUUUUUAGUGAAUUGUAAAUUGAUGUUCUUGGAUUCUAAUUUUCAUUAUUCUAAUCAAGAGUACUAACAAGUUUCUAAAGUUUCUAGUAUGAAAUUGUUGUCCUAAUAAGAGUGAGACAGGAUUUUUUAGCCUUCUACCUGCUUGGAAGAUGUUACUAAUUUGUGUGGUUAGGUAUGCUGUGAUAAGUGCUACAUCCUGUAUCACCAAACAUGUUUACAAUAAAAUUGCUGGGA